AUGCCCGACGAUAAAAAAGAACCGCUCCUCUCCACCUCGGACGACCUACCCCCCGCCUACGAAGCCACAACUCCAACACCCGCCCCUUCAAAACGCCAACUCCCACCACCCCCGCCUCUCCCUCUCCCCGUGCUCCAGGAUCUUCGCACCAAGCGCGUAGUCCUUGCCUCACAAUCCCCGCGCCGCCGCCAAAUAAUCUCCUACCUGGGCCUGCCUAACAUCGAAAUCAUCCCGUCCGACUUCGCCGAAGACCUCCCCCACAGCCUGCAACCCUUUGAAUAUGUCCUAGCAACAGCCACGCAAAAGGCGCAAGAUGUGUACGCGCGCGAGAUCCUCAACGAGGAGAAGGGCGAGCCCGCGCUCAUCUUAGCGGCAGAUACGAUUGUCGUGGAGCCGCAGUCGGGUAAUAUAUUGGAAAAACCGCGCUCGGAAGCGCAUCAUAUUGCCAUGCUCAAGAGUUUAAGGGAUACGAAGACACAUAAAGUCUACACGGCAAUUGUAGCGAUGGCGCCGCUGGAUAGUGCGCGGGAUCCUGGGUAUGCGAUUGAGACAGCGGUUGAGGAGACAAAUGUCAAGUUUGAUGGCGAGGUGACGGAUGAGUUGAUUUUGGCUUAUGUGCGGACGCGGGAAGGGGUUGAUAAGGCGGGGGGGUAUGGGAUGCAGGGGCUGGGGAGUAUUUUGGUGGAAAAGAUUGAUGGGAGUGCGGAUAAUGUUAUUGGGUUGCCGUUGAAGACGACAUUGAAGGUUAUUGAGAAGGUCAUGGCGAAGGCAGAUGAUGAUGAUCUGUUAGGAGGAGAGGAAGGCGAGGGGGAAUCAGAAGAAGAGGAUUAA